CAUCAUUUGCUUUUUAUUUUAUUUUAUUUUACUUUAUUUUAUUUUUAUAUAUAUAUAAUUGUUCUUCCUUUACAUUAUUACCAUUUUCAACUACUAUACAUAUAUAUAACAGAAAGUUAAUUUAAUAUAUGAAUAGUGUUGCUUAUAAUUAUGUCGUUGAGUAAUAAUAGUAAAAGCAAAAAGUCUUCUGUUAUAGAUCAAGUGUUAUCAAAUUCAUUGUUCUCUUCUACUUCUUCCAAUGAAAGCAAUAUUUCUUCUGAAAAGGACCCAUUAGCAAGUUGUGUUUGGAGAAUGUAUACUAAUGCAAAAGAUAGUUUACCAAAUGGGUCUCGUAUAGAAAACUUAACUUGGAGAAUGAUGGCUAUGAUUUUAACUAAGAAAAAAUUAAAGGAAGAAGAAACAAGUGAAAGAGUAGAUACUAUGGACAUAGAUAAUAAUGAAUUUGUUAUAACUCCACCUUUAGCAGAUGACAUAACAGGUUUAUUAUCUUCUUCUGCGCCACCCUAUAUAAACGUUGGUUACUUUAAAGAUCAACAACAUAAUAAUGUUAUGAUAUCUGGAAGUACAAGAGCUAUUACAAUAUCCGAUAAUGAUGUGCCACGAUUUACGGUAAAGUUUUCUACCCAUAAAAAAUAUAUUGAAUAUGGUUUGUUAUCAAAUCAACAUGUAACAGAUACCAAUAGUAUUACAAUACCUCUAGAUGAAGAUGAUGAGCAAGGAUUAUCUCACAACUUGUUAAACGAAGAAAGUUUUCAUAAACCUACAUUUAGUCAGACAGUUCUAUCAGAUUCUAGUUUGAUGCAAAAUAUGAAUAUGAUAGGAAAUACAAACUUUCCUGCGUCUACUUACCAACUAGAAACAAAUAAUAGCACUUUAUUAUUUCAGAAUCAACCUUCUCCACCACCUUCUAUACCACCUUCUUCGCUUUAUUAUGGUGUAAAUCCUUCCUAUAUUAGCUCUUCUGUUGAAAUACCUAUACCUACAGCAGCUACUACUACCACUAAAAUAGAGCAGGAUACUACUGCAUCUCAACAUCCUGGUGCUUUGAGCUUUGAAAAUAUCUUAAAUGCAUAUUAUAAUAAUUCCAACAAUAGCUUAUUAGUUGAAGAUACAGGACUAAAAUCAUCACGUACUUCACUUUCUUUAUCGCCACAUUCCAUUUCUAGCUCAGACUAUGAAGAAGAGAACCCACUAUCAAAACCAGUACGAACUGGUAAAUACAAAAGAAGCAAAACUUUGAUCCAUCCAUCUACAAGUACACCAAGACCUAACACUAGUCUACUGACACAAUGUUCGAAUUGCCAAACAACCACUACACCAUUAUGGCGUCGAGACCCACAAGGAAAUAGUCUUUGUAAUGCAUGUGGUCUCUUUCUUAAACUACAUGGCUCAGUUCGACCAUUAAGCCUCAAAACGGAUGUUAUCAAAAAACGAAACAGAAAUAGCACACAUAAUAUAGUGAAUAAUAAUAAUAAUCAAUUGAAUAAUAGCAGAUUACACUCAAAGAUAUACAGCAAAAAGCAAAUGACAGUAGAUCCAACAAGAGAUAAAAAGCCAUUAUUAGCAAGAAGAAAUACAGUUCAUAUUACACCCCAACUUCAUCUUCAACCUCAGCAAACGACAAAAAACAGUAUUAGAUCCAUGCCGACAGCAGGGCCUAGUCAUCUACAAAUUAAUAAUAAAAAGCAACAAUAUUGUAAUGUAUUAGAUAGGUCACCACUAUUGAAAGAGGCAUCUCCCUUUAUAUCUUCAAUCAAUAAUACCACUACUUAUCUAUCGCCGAUGAUGAAUAACUUGAGUCCAGAAACGCAGUUUGGUGCAGCUACUACUACUACUGCUACGAAUCAAUCUGUUGUUACAGCAACUAAUAUUGCAGUCAAUGCUAUAUUAGAGUCUGUUGGAAUUCAUUUAGAAAGUUUUCCAGCAGAACUUUUACCUCUUAUUGCUUCUGCUGCUAAUUAUCAUGCAGCUGCAAAAAGAAGAAAACAAGAGGAACAAGAAAAUCAAUAAAAAUAUGAUAUUGAAUAUAAAUUCAUCCUUGUUUUCACCUGAAGGUUAUUAACAGUCAUCAUAAGCUUUAUGUAAUAAUUUUCUCUCUCG